AGGCCCAGCACGCGUCCUGAGGGCCGCGCCGUCCAGUCCUCGCCAAUUCCCAUUCCGGUUCCGGCUUCCGCCGCCAGCGGCAGCAAUCCCCUCCUCCUCCUCCCUGUCCCUGGACGCCGGCGCCGGCGUCGGCUCCUCAUCGUCCGCGGGUAAGGAGACUGAAGUGGUGAACGCGGAAGAAGGUUGUCAUUUUGCUAAGUUAAAGUUAGAUCAUUGGAGCAAUGCCGCCCCAUAAGAUCGAGACGGGGCACCAAGAUGUGGUGCAUGAUGUCGCCAUGGAUUACUAUGGCAAGCGCCUAGCUACAUCCUCCUCUGAUAAUACAAUAAAGAUCAUUGGCGUAAGUGGAACCUCACACCAGCAGCUUGCAACUUUGAGUGGACACCAGGGCCCAGUAUGGCAAGUCGCAUGGGCUCAUCCCAAGUUUGGUUCCAUGCUUGCAUCCUGCAGCUACGACGGCCGAGUGAUCAUCUGGAAGGAAGGAAGCAAGCCUGAUGAAUGGGCACUGGUACACACCUUUGCUGAGCACAAGUCCUCCGUGAAUUCCAUCGCGUGGGCGCCUCAUGAGCUGGGUCUAUGCUUGGCUUGUGGUUCAUCAGAUGGGAACAUUUCAGUCUUCACUGCUCGUUCUGAUGGAGGUUGGGAUACCACGCGUAUUGAUCAGGCGCAUCCGGUUGGUGUGACCUCAGUUUCUUGGGCUCCUGCAAUGGCACCGGGAGCUCUAAUCAGCGCGGGGUCUUCUGGUCAGUUUGAGUAUGUUCAGAAACUCGCUUCCGGUGGCUGUGACAACACGGUGAAGGUGUGGAAGCUCAACAACGGCAGUUGGCGGAUGGACUGUUUCCCCGCCCUACAGAUGCACAAGGACUGGGUGAGAGACGUCGCGUGGGCGCCAAACCUGGGCCUUCCAAAGUCCACCAUCGCCAGCGCCUCUCAGGAUGGAACAGUUGUUAUCUGGACAGCAGCAAAAGAAGGCGAGCAGUGGGAAGGCCGGUUGCUGUAUGAUUUCAGGACCCCUGUGUGGAGGCUGUCGUGGUCACUGACUGGGAAUAUACUGGCGGUGUCUGACGGCAACAACAAUGUGACCCUGUGGAAGGAAGCUGUGGACGGCGAAUGGCAGCAAGUGACGACUGUUGAGCCAUAGGUCUCUAGAGUUGUCCCUCGUCUAUAUUGCCUUAAUACUUGUAGUUUUUGUGUACCUAUGGCCCUGUGUGGGUAGCAAGCAGGCCACGGUGCAUGACUACUUGAGACGUGAUUUCAGGCUCGGGCAGAAGUGAAAAAUGAACUUGUUGUAUAUGUGGAGCAUUCUGUUUCUCGAUUCAGUGCCUUUUCUUUCCCAUGG